AUGAACCAUGUUACCUGCUCCUCGCAGUCUGGUUUGGCUGGUGUGAUAUCAUGGUCUAAAUUUCCAGCUUUAUCGCUCGAGGAUGUAUCGACGUUCCUGAAUAGGUACGAGGCAGGCGUUGAGUGCCUGCGCACGCGUCGAUGCGAAAUCUCCGUUUCUAAUUUGCUGACUAAAGCUACUUUCUGGGCUCCGCAUAGUUUUGCAAGUUCUGCCGGUUCCGACGUGCCUGUAGCUCAUGCAACGACCCCUCUCUAUCUGGAGGCUUUCUGUUUGCUCCUAAGUCUGUGCGUAUUGGUAAUAUGCCACUUGGGACUAUGCUACAUCCUCUGGCUACGCUAUGUCAAACUGCUUCGGCAUACCCUCUCGGUCUUGUGGCAGGCUCUGCGUCAUGUGGAUUGGCAUUCUCCUUUGCACGCGAUAGAAGCCGUUUACACAUCAUUGCGUUACGUGGUAACAACUGGUAUCUAUAUAUGGUCAACAUUAUCGCACCGUGAUCGCUACAUUGCCAUUUGUGUGACGGGGUUCAUCACUUGCGUUUUAUCUAUAAGGCUUGGAUUUGGCCGUCGACGAUUCUGGCGUUCGUUACCAUUAAUUGCGACAUGGAUUUUAUACUAUUGUUUCCGUGCUCAAUUAAAUCCUGUGGCACAACAUUACUUGGUGCUCUAUGGCGGGGUGUAUUUGCCACAUCUUUGGACGCUUUGGAUGCUAUGUCACUACCGUGUGGUUUGCAGUCCUACUCCGAGGCUCGUUGAUAGAUCGGGAAAUUCCAAACAGGUGGUUCGUGAGAUGAAUUGUCUGUUGGAUUUAUUUCUCGUGUUCUGGUUGCUGCAAAUUUGUGGUACCGUGCCUUUGCUAGGUUCAUUUUUUGUACGCCAGCACUAUCUCCACAAUGUGAUGUUUUUUGUAUCCGUAUUGGCAGUGGUUCACUGCGCGCUUGCACGGUGGUUAGCCAAAGAUCAACUAUCAUCAUCUUUGGGCGCGGUUAAAAGCGUGAUUAUUGUCACGAUUGAUACAAUUGUGAACUUCGCAGUAGGUUGGCCUAACAUUGUUAGCAGCCGUAUAUCCCAUCUGAGCCGUAAGAACGGGUUUCCAGGGGUUGUAUUUCGUCGUAUAGGAACUAUGAUAUCGAUAGUGUUACCCUCUGCAUCUGAACGUUUCUCCCAGCUGAGAGGUUUGGGCACAGCUUUGCGUUGGUUAAGGCUUGCACCGUACUUUGUCGUCUUGCUGCUACCUCGGGCUGUAUUGGGCCUUUACUUUUUUUACUUAACCCUCGUUUCGCCGUUGAUUUGCUGCUUGUUAUUACCACGUGGUAGUGGCUUCAAAUCACAAACGGUGGUUGCAUUGCACUUCAUUUUUGCGGACGCUGUGCGUUCUGUAGUUUUUUUGACCGCAGGGUCACUUCUUCCUCUUCGCGGUCUCGCUUGUCUCGUGCUCCCGGCAUUAAUGGACGUUGUGCAGCAUUAUAUGGAUGACGUCCAAUCGGAGCCGGAUAGCAAGCGUUCGGACUAA